AUGGCGCAAGACACUGACGGGCUCAACCCUUUAGUAUGGGACCAAUCCUGGAUCUCACUGCCACAAGAUGAAGAUACUAGAGGCUUGAACCGCGCUAGCGCCCAAGCGCUCGAGGACUGGGUGGUCAAACUGCGAUUCAAAAGAGAUGGAAAUAUCAAACUCGGAACAGGCUUCUACAUCAAUAUCCCUACGGCAAAAUCAUACGUCAUCUUGACAGCCGCGCAUAAUCUGGUAGAUGCGAAUAACAAGCCGUCCCUGGAUCUUUCUAUCGAACGUUGUGGGAGGGACCCUAUCGAUGCGACCGGACUUGAAUGGCACGUCUGCCCUGCAUACACCCGAUCUCGCAAAGUGAGGGAUCCCGAUCAUGACUACGGAGUGAUCAUCGUGCCGGAAGAGGUUCAGAAUGUGGCGGACGGGUUGGCAUUACCUUCACAGUCUGGUGGCACCUUAAAGGGCAAAAGCAGGCCGACUGAGAAGCGACAACUGGGGUUUGGUUUUUCAUUGACGCUCAGCGAAGAAAACUUCGUCGGUAAAAGGUUGGAGCUCACGGGAUACUUUCCAGACAAGUCGGACAAUAUUCACAUAUCGGAGGGAGCCAGAUCAAGCAAUGGGGAGUGUUUGAGAUCUGCUAAGAAUAGCUUGAAAUAUGAGAUUGACACAGAGCCGGGAGUGAGUGGCUCUCCGGUGUGGGUAGCAUAUCAUGGUCAUGAAACAGUCGUUGCCAUCCAUAACAACGGACCCGACGCAAAGCACGAGACCGGGCGCAAGAAAGGAAGUGUAGGAGCCCGGCUGAGCUUAGAGACCUUUCAGCAGAUCUUCGAAUGGGUGGAUGUCUUUCACCGUGGCAAGGCUUUAAAAGCCAUCGAGCAAAAGGGCGAGCCAGCAGAACCAUUGUACCUGAAUUUUAUGUCCGAAGAAGAAUGCGCUUGGGUCCAUUGGAGUCGAGAGGAGCUGAACUGUACAUUCAAUAUCUUUCCGGCAUAUGCAUCGACACCGAAUAGAGAUGCGAUGCCAUUGCAUGUCUUUCAACAUGUUGCACCGCCAGACUGGCCCGAUGACAGGAUGACGCAGCAGUGGGUGUUGUGGGAUACCCUUUCACAGAGUGUCAAGCUUACAGACAAGCUUCAGUCAUUCUGUUUUGCUGAAUUAGAAAAGGGUAAACCUAAGAGGAAAGAGAUGGCAGCAGAUGUGUUCCACGUAGUGUUAAGGAGGGGUGUGGGAAGAGCGAGCAAUUUGUGGGCUUUGCGCAUGACAUCAGAGGGGAUGUCAGAGUUGGAUCGAGAAGAGGGAACAUUGGAUGGCCCAGGACUUACUUUUGAAAGAUGGAUGCACGGGAAGACUAGAUACGUUGCAUUUUACUUGGAGUAG